AUGAGUACUCGUGGUUUCCGCGCGGAAACCACCCUCUGGCGCCCAUGGCACACCCUGUCAGGACUGAGGUGGCUGCUGGGGCUGGGGCUGGUCCUGGGGUUUCAGUUGUCUACUUGCACGGCUUUCUACCUCCCUGGGUUGGCCCCGGUCAACUUUUGCGAGGAGGUCGAAGAGAUCGGAUUCUGUCAGUCCUCAGUAGCACUCUUUGUAAAUAGAUUGGACUCAGUGGAAUCUGUUCUACCUUAUGAAUAUGAUACCUUUGACUUCUGCCACGACUCUGGAAAGAAAAGACCUUCUGAAAACUGACAAGUACUAUUCGGAGAACGAAUAACAUCAUCUCCUUAUAAGUUUUCUUUUAACAAAACAGAAACAUGUAUAAAAGUUUGUGUAAGAUCUUAUGAUCCAGGAAAUAAAGAUGAAAGGAACAAAUUGGCUUUUUUGAUGAAAGGAAUACAACUAAAUUACCAGCAUCACUGGAUUAUUGAUAAUAUGCCAGUAACAUGGUGUCGUGAUAUGGAAAGUGGACAAAAGUACUGCAAAACAGGAUUUCCAAUAGGAUGUUUUAUUACCGAUGGUAGCAUAUCAAAACAUGAUUGCAUUGCCCAUCCUGAAUUCAACAAAAAGAAUACUUUUUACCUUUUCAACCACGUUGACGUCACUAUUUCGUAUCACAGGGAAAAGGGUACAAAUCGGAGUAUUGCAAGAUUGGUAGCUGCCAGACUUGACCCCAAAAGCUAUAAACAUUCAGAUGAAAACCAGCAAACCUGUAAUGGACCCCCUAUGGAAAUUCCUAGAGAACACACCAAUAAGUUGAAUGUGACUUAUACUUAUUCUGUGAAAUUUGAAGAAAACAAAAAUAUCAAGUGGGCCUCUCGAUGGGAUUAUGUUUUGGAGUCUAUGCCUGAUACCAACAUUCAGUGGAUUAGCAUUAUGAAUUCCUUUGUUAUUAUUAUUUUCCUCUCUGGAAUGGUAGCUAUGAUCACCUUAAGGACUCUCCGUAGAGAUAUUACCAGAUAUAAUCAGAUAAAUUCUUCUGAAGACGCCCAGCCAGACUUUGGUUGGAAGCUGGUUCAUGGAGAUGUCUUCAGGCCUCCAAAGAAUGGAAUGUUGCUCUCAGUCUUCCUGGGUCAAGGAGUGCAAGUUUUCAUCAUGACAUUUAUUACUUUAUUUCUGGCCUGCCUUGGUUUUCUUUCCCCUGCCAAUAGAGGAGCUUUAAUGACCUGUGCUAUUGUGUCAUGGGUCCUUCUGGGAACCCCGGCUGGAUAUGUGUCUGCUAAAAUGUAUAAGACAUUUAAAGGUGCUAACUGGAAGACAAAUUUCCUGCUGACAGCACUAUUAUGUCCCGGAAUUGUCUUCGCUGACCUCUUCCUCAUGAAUCUAAUUCUUUGGGUGGAAGGAUCAUCAGCUGCCAUCUCCUUUGGCUCCCUCAUAGGUAUCCUUGGCAUGUGGUUUGGAAUUUCAGUACCACUAACGUUUUUGGGUUCAUACUUUGGAAGCAAGAGAAAGCCUUUUAAUUGUCCAGUUCACACACACCAGAUCCCCCGGCACAUUCCUCCACAGAGCUUCUUUACUAAUCCAAUUGUUGGGAUCAUAAUCGGAGGCAUUUUACCAUUCGGCUGCAUUUUUAUUCAACUGUUUUUCAUUCUAAACAGUAUUUGGUCUCAUCAAUUUUUUUACAUGUUUGGCUUUCUUUUCUUAGUCUUUAUCAUUCUCCUGAUUACUUGUUCAGAAGCUACAAUUUUGCUGUGCUAUUUUCAUCUAUGCGCUGAGGAUUAUCAUUGGUGGUGGAGAGCCUUUUUUACUAGCAGCUUUACAACUGCUUAUCUUUUUAUAUAUUCCAUCCAUUACUUCUUUACCAAACUUCAAAUCACAGGCAUUGCGAGCACCAUUUUGUACUUUGGGUACACGAUGAUUAUGGUGUUGAUUUUUUUUCUUUUCACAGGGUUUUUUGUAUUCUAA